AUGAGGAAGUACGAGCGGGAUCUGGGCCCACUGUUACUAUCAGCCUUCAAAGGAAACCAGUGUAUACUAGAUGGGGAGGUGCUCGCUUACGACGAAGACACGGGUACAUUCCUAAAACAUACCACCAACCGAUCAACUGCAGCAGAAACGGCCGGUCACAGACAUCUUUGUUUUAUUAUUUUUGAUAUUUUGCUUUAUGGUGAUGCUAAAAAUGCCGCGCAAAAUUUCACUACUACCCCAUUAAAAGUGAGAAGGGAAGUUCUGAUGAAAGUGGUAAAGAGUAUUAAUACAUAUAUUGAAGUUGUUAAUUUCCGCGUCAUACCGUCUACCUCUGAAGCUGUGAUGGAUGAGAUCAACAUGGCUGUUGCGAACGGCGAAGAAGGGCGGGUUUUCAAGGACCCUGAUUCGGUAUAUUCAAUUGGUAAGAACGGUUACGGGUGGUUCAAGCUGAAACCAGAGUACUCAUAUCAUCUGUCCAUGGAGCUUGACUUGGUUGUUGUUGGAGCCUAUUUCGCUUCUGGUACAGCCCGUAUCGAACGAAGCAGGAAUGUUGGUGCCUCUGGGAAAAGUGGCGGUGGCUCAACUGAGCGCUUUGAAGGGCCUGAGAGAUCACCUGAGAGGAACUAUGGUUGCUUGGUCUCCACUCGUCGGAAAAGCGGCUGCCCAGUGGCUGGUUGAUGCAGAUAAGCUCCCGAGUGGAGUUCGGCCAGAUUUGGUAUCACGAGAUCCCUCUACGUUGGGGGCUGGGCAGCCUGCGGUAAUGGUGGUGCGCUGUGGUGAACUGCAGAGUAGUUCCAAGUGGCCAGCGGGAUUGACUCUACGUUUUCCGCGAUGUGUCACCGCUGUUAGAAAGGAUAAAACGGCGGAGGAAGUGGACACGCUGAGUGAAAUUCAAGAAGUAGUGAUGGAGAGGAGUAGUGGUCGGGG